CUCUUCUUCUGUCUGCCCUGCGAGGUGUCACAGAGAGACCGUAUACGAACGACAUAUUUACCAUACACGUGUUUGCAUUAAUUAAAGUACAGCUAAAUCAGAAGUUACUAUGUGCUGACUAUUUUGUUCUGAUACCAGAAACGAAUUGACGCAACUUUAACACUACAACAAGAGAAUCGGAUACGCUGUGGGUUUAAAAAAGGUGGAUUUUGUAGCAUUCAUUGCAACUGCUAUUAACUGUAUGGCAUAAAUAUCGAAGAAGUUGGACAUCAAUGUGGCUGCAGCUGAAAAGUAUCUGGGACUUCAGGAGUUCACAGCGGAAGAUCUACAAGGGGUAUUGGCAAUGGAAGAUGUCACCCUUUUUUUUUUUUUAAGCGUUUUUGUUGUUGGUAAUUUGUAUGGAUAUUCCCCCCAAUCCAAGAAUGUUCCCAUUUUUGGGAUCUUUUUGUUUUCAUCCCGCUCAUUAGGUGGCAGCAAUACAGCUUUUUGGGUGUACUCUGCCAAUAAACCUUAAAGAAGAAAAAGUAAUGGACGCAAACAUAGUUAUUAUUACAUAUGUGACGUAACACACUUUAGCUAGUGUUACAGACUAGAAAGAAAAGUUCAACAACUGGUAAAGAAUCAAGCCAACUGGUAGUCUAAUAAACUGACGUCAGUGCGAGUCGAAACCGACGAACAACUAUUCAGCACAGCCUACAUUUCAGCAACUUCUUUUACGAUCGAAAAAGGCUGGCAACGCGUAUAUUGCUUUAAGAUCACAGACAAACAACCAGUAGGCAGUUGUAAUGAAGGACACUGAAGAUACAAAGUUACUCGGGGACAAGGAGAGGCAGGAAGAGGAAAAGCAAAAAACAGUCUGUUUUGUUACAUAAUGUCAAAAGCAAUCUGAUCCAGAGAGAGAGGAAGGAGAGAACUGAAACACAGCCAGCAGUUCCUCCCAGACCCACUGAAGAGGAGCUGAAGGGUACAGGCUUACAUGGCAGACUGAAGAAGAGAGAGACCGAUGACAAUCAGUCUAACUGUAAUAUGAUGCCGAGUGAGAGGAAAGGGAAAACUGCUGAAACUCCAGUGGUUCCUCCUAGACCCACAGAAGAGGAGAUAAACAGACCAGCCAGGCGUGGUCAGCAAAAUACAAAAAAAGACAAUCCGGCCCAAUGUGAUGAUGAUGAAUGCCUUAAAGAGAGUGAAUCUCUCUUCCCGGUGGUAAAAGAGGGAGAGGACAAGGACGGAGAAGAGGCCGUGGUUAAACCUACAGAUAGCACAUCAGCCAAAAUGCGAGAACCCACGAGACACAAUCCUUUCAUGCCACGCGGUGCUGGAGGCAAGGGUAAAACCAAGAAGCGUGAACCCCAGCAGGGAGCUUCAGGCAGUGACUCAACAGAGAACAAAGAUGGAAAUAAAUCAUUAUUCGACCAAUUGGAGGUAUUCCGUAUUAAUCCAGCGGAGCCAGAGCAGCAGAAUAUGGAUGACCUGAUGGAGUGGUGGAGCACAGUGGAGCAGUGGGAAGACAUGCCUCAAGAGGAUGACAUGACUGAAAAAGAGGAGGCCAAGGUGUUUGCAGUGACAGCUGAGAAGGUGCAGAAAGGUAUCCGUGUGUUCAACAAGCUGUUCUCAGAGCGUGCAGAGAGCCUGUGGCAGCACGUCAUUGACCUUAACAGCAUUGCAGACGCCCUCGACUGUUUCAACAAGAAGACUAAGAUCGCCCAAAUCACUGGCGGUUCCACCAGCGCAGUAGGAGGCGUAUGUACCAUUGUAGGCCUCGCCCUGGCCCCCGUCACCUUCGGAACCUCCCUGAUUGUCACGGCGGUGGGACUGGGCGUGGCCACGGCGGGCGGUCUCACCACAGCUGGUGCCGGAAUCUCCAACACGGUCAACAACUCCAUGGACCGCAAGAAGGUGGAGGCCAUCGUGACGGACUACCAGGAGAAGAUAACCGACAUCAACAAGUGCAUGCUGUUCAUCAAGCAGGGGAUUGAGAGUCUGCGCAGGUUCGACCUGCUGAAGAUGAAGAAGCAUGCGUACAACCGCGACUUCCCGGGCCUCAACAACAUCUACGAGGAUGGCGCCAUGGCCGGGAAGGCCAUCCUCAUUAACGCCAAUGAGAUGAUGCGUGUGGUGCAGAUAGCCAACGUGGCGGGCAGCACCGCGGCCAGAGCUGUCCAGAUUGCCAGCAUGGCCACCGGAGUGCUCACCGGCCUCUUUGUGGGCAUGGACAUCUACUUUGUGGCCAAGGACUCCAAGGAGCUGAAGAAGGGAGCCAAGUCAGAGUUUGCAGCCAAGAUCAGGGAGGUGGCGACCCAGCUGCAUGAUGGACUGGUGGAGCUCAAUGGCAUACGGGUUGAGCUGCAGUCCUCAGAUCCAGGCAACACCAAUGAGACCAACACCCAAAACACAGAUAAUACCAAUUACAGCAAAAAAACAGAUGUCUCUGAUGACGAUAUUGACAACUAUAAAACCUCUGAAAACAAAAGCAUUGUUGAUAACAGCAAUACUUCAGAUAACAGCCAUAAGGCUAGAAAAUCCUAAACUGUAUUUCCAACCCAUCUCUACAACGACACAUCCUGUCAGCAUUCACACUACUAGUAGCAACGUUGAGGCUCUGAUUUCUAAGUUUCACUUUGAUAGGACAAGCACCCGUGCCUGAAAUGUUUUUUGUUACAGACUGCAAAAAUAGAGCCAGAUGAUAUCUCCAGUCAUCACUGGCUUGGGUUAAGAACUGUUAUUAAAACUUACUUCUGUAAUAUCUAGCAAAAUAGUAUAUUGUACGACGCGCCCAUGUCCACAUUUUCCCUUGUCUUGCCCCAAAGAGUUGUAUUGUAGUUGUGCGCAUUGUGCCUGUCUCGACAAUAUUAUCUACAGGACUUUAUGAAAAGUAACGGUUGUAAGUUAAAUCUGUUUGUUCAUGGGGGCAGGAAACAGUUCACAGAUGCGAAUAAUGUUUAAAAAAAUAUUACAAAUACAUUCUCAUGCUCAUUAUAGAAGGGAUCAUUGUAUCUAUAUUUUCUAAUACAGACUAAUGUAAAAAGCAAAACAUAAUAUUUUAAAGCUCAGCCAAAUAUUUUGAUGGUUUCGAUUUUUGGUAGAGCUAGACACACACACACACACACACACACACACACACACACACACACACACACACACACACACACACACACACACACACACACACACACACACACCAUCUUUAUACAUAUCUAU